AUGGCCGACAACGACGCCCAGCACGAGAACCACACCUUCGAGUCCACCGAUGCCGGUGCCUCCACCACCUACCCCAUGCAGUGCUCUGCCCUGAGAAAGAACGGCCACGUCGUUAUCAAGGGCCGUCCCUGCAAGAUCGUCGACAUGUCGACCUCCAAGACCGGCAAGCACGGUCACGCCAAGGUCCACUUGGUCGCCAUUGACAUCUUCACUGGCAAGAAGCUCGAGGAUCUGUCUCCCUCCACCCACAACAUGGACGUCCCCAACGUCUCUCGUCGCGAGUACCAGCUCCUCGACAUCACUGACGACGGUUUCCUCUCCCUCAUGCUCGACGACGGCUCCACCAAGGACGACGUCAAGGUCCCCGACAACGAGGUUGGUGAGCGCAUCAACAAGCUCUUCAACGACGAGCAGAAGGACACCAACGUCAUCAUCCUUACUGCCAUGGGUGAGGAGUGCGCCAUUGAGGCCAAGGAGGCUCCCAAGUCCGGUUAA